UGGUUUCCCCGGCAACCGGCUGCCUCUGCGCGGGGAAGCGGGAGAUGCUGACCAGGCGGCCCCGAGAUCCCCUCCGAGCUGUGCAGCGCCGCACCCAGGAACUGAAGCAACAGGUUGAGAGUUUGCUUUCUGAGAGCCAAGUGACAGAAAUUACAGAAACCAGUAAAAAGCGAGAUAUUUACCAAAGAUGUAUCCAGUUAAAGCAAGCAAUAGAUGAAAAUAAAAAUACUCUCCAAAAAUUAAGCAAAGCCGAUGAACCUGCACCCGUUGGAAACUAUAAUCAGAAAAAAGAGGAGGAGCACAGUCUUUUGGAUGAUCUUACUUGCAAGCUGCAGGAACUUGCUGUGUCCCUAAAUACAGAAAACAGAACUGAAGUUGAACAUACUGAAAAAGAGGAAGAUGAUGAUUCUUCUGAAGAUGAAGAAGAAGAAGAAGAAGAGGAGGAAGAAGAGGAAGAAGAAGAAAAAGAAGAGGUUGAUGAUGAUGAUGAAGAUGAUGAUGAAGAAGAAGAAAGUGAAGAAAGCAGGGAUGAAGAAAAAAUAGAAGAGGAAGAGAACGAAGAAAGUAAAUCUCACCAGCAGUCAAUAAAAGAAUACAUUGCUAUUGGAGAUUUUACUGCUCAACAAGCUGAGGAUCUUACAUUUAAGAAAGGGGAAAUUCUCCAUAUAACUGAAAAACACCCUGAUGGUUGGUGGAGAGCCAAGAAUGCCAAAGGAAGUAUAGGUCUUGUUCCUAGAACCUACUUGAAGCCCUAUAAUGAAGAAGAAGAGCAAGAAUCAAGUGAAGAAGGCAGUGAAGAAGACGUCAAGGUGGGGAAUGAUUCAGCAGAGGGAGCUGAAAUGAAACAAAGUACUGAUUCUCACUGGAGUGCUGUUCGAAAAGCUGUCUCAGAGCAGAUACAUACCAUUGACACGUUAACCACAAUGGGAGCCAUACCUUCAGGGUUCAGGCCUUCCACACUCUUCCAGCUUCUGGAAGAAGGGAAUCAGUUUCAAGCAAGUUACUUCCUCCAACCAGAGCUCACUCCUUCACAGCUGGCCUUCAAAGAUCUUUUGUGGGAUGCUAAAACAGGCACUAUUAGGUCAAGACCAAGUCGUGUUUCAUUGAUCCUGACCCUGUGGAGCUGUAAAAUGAUCCCCUUUCCUGGGACGAGCAUCCAGGUUCUUAGUCGGCACAUUCGCCUCUGUCUGUUUGAUGGUACUAAGGUCCUGAGCAACAUUCAUACGGUCAGAGCCACAUGGCAGCCCAAAAAGCCCAAAACGUGGACUUUUUCUCCCCAGGUUACUGGCAUUUUGCCCUGUUUGCUUGAUGGUGAUUGUUUUGUCAGGUCUAAUUCUUCAUCUCCGGAUCUUGGAAUAUUAUUUGAACUCGGAAUUUCUUAUAUUCGUAAUUCAACUGGUGAAAGAGGAGAACUGAGUUGUGGCUGGGUGUUUCUUAAACUUUUUGAUGACAGUGGAAUUCCUAUCCCAGCAAAAACCUAUGAACUCUUCUUGAAUGGUGGCACCCCUUAUGAAAAAGGUGUAGAAGUUGACCCCUCACUAUCCAGAAGAGCAUAUGGGAAUGUUUUCCACCAGAUGAUGACAAUGAGAAGACAACCCCAACUACUUGUCAAAUUGAGGUCGCUGAACAAAAGAUCAAGGAACUUACUAAGUCUGCUGCCAGAAACAUUAAUUGGAAAUAUGUGCUCCAUUCAUUUGCUCAUAUUCUAUCGCCAAAUUCUUGGAGAUGUACUACUGAAAGAAAGGAUGAGCAUGCAGAAUGCUGAUCUAAUCAGUAAUCCUGUGUUAGCCACCUUCCCUAAGCUCCUGGAGCAGCCUGACAUCAUGGACGCGCUCAGGAGCUCGUGGGCAGAGAAGGAAAUCACACUGAAACGGUCAGAGAAGAGAGACAAGGAGUUCCUGAAGGCAGCGUUUGUCCUGGUUUACCACGACUGUGUGCUCCCGCUUCUCCAUUCCACACUCCUGCCCCCGUUCCGGUGGGCUGAGGAGGAGACUGAGGUGGCGCGCUGGAAAGUGAUUGCUGACUUCCUCAAGCGAAAUCAAGAAAACCAGGGUGCCCUCCAAGCUCUGCUGUCACCAGAUGGGACCCAUGAGCCCUUUGACAUGUCCGAACAGACCUAUGACUUCUUGGGCGAAAUAAGAAAGAACAUAGCCUAAUGGAGGAGGCCUGCCAGGACC